UCAGAUAAGACCCUGCCAACUGGAAGCAAAGUUAUUGUGACCUGAAGGAUUUGUGUGACUGCGGAGGCAGGCAGGACAGAGGGUCCACACUGUGGGACCAUGCUAGGCACAAAACGAUACCAGCACGUGAUUGAGACCCCUGAGCCUGGUGAAUGGGAGUUGUCAGGGUAUGAAGCAGCUGUGCCAAUCACAGAGAAGUCCAACCCACUGACCCGGAACUUGGACAAAGCAGAUGCGGAGAAAAUUGUUCAGUUGCUGGGGCAGUGUGAUGCUGAGAUAUUCCAGGAGGAGGGACAAAUCAUGCCCACCUACCAGCGACUGUACAGCGAGUCAGUUCUGACCACCAUGUUGCAAGUGGCUGGCAAAGUCCAGGAAGUUCUGAAGGAGCCAGAUGGGGGCCUGGUGGUGCUGAGUGGAGGAGGAACCUCUGGCCGGAUGGCGUUCCUCAUGUCUGUCUCUUUCAACCAGCUGAUGAGAGGUCUAGGACAGAAGCCCCUUUACACGUACCUUAUCGCAGGAGGCGACAGGUCUGUUGUGGCCUCUCGGGAACGGACAGAAGAUAGUGCCCUCCACGGGAUUGAGGAGCUGAAGAAGGUGGCUGCUGGGAAGAAGAGAGUGAUCGUCAUAGGCAUUUCUGUGGGACUCUCUGCACCCUUUGUGGCAGGCCAGAUGGACUACUGCAUGGAUAACCCAGCUGUCUUUUUGCCAGUCCUGGUUGGCUUCAAUCCUGUGAGCAUGGCCAGAAAUGACCCCAUUGAAGACUGGAGAUCAACAUUCCGGCAAGUAGCAGAGCGGAUGCAGAAGAUGCAAGAGAAAGAGGAAGCUUUUGUGCUCAAUCCAGCCAUCGGGCCCGAGGGGCUCAGCGGCUCCUCCAGGAUGAAAGGCGGAAGUGCCACCAAGAUUCUGCUGGAAACCCUGCUACUGGCAGCCCAUAAGACUGUGGACCAGGGAGUUGCGUCCUCUCAAAGAUGCCUUCUGGAAAUCCUGAGGACAUUUGAGAGGGCUCAUCAGGUGACCUACAGUCAAAGUUCCAAAAUUGCCACCUUGAUGAAACAAGUCAGCACCAGCCUGGAGAAGAAAGGCCGGGUGCACUUGGUUGGCUGGCAGACCCUUGGCAUCAUUGCCAUCAUGGAUGGAGUGGAAUGCAUCCACACCUUUGGUGCUGAUUUCCGAGAUGUCCGUGGUUUUCUCAUUGGUGACCACAAUGACAUGUUUAACGAGAAGGCAGAGCUCACUGACCAGGGUCCCCAGUUCACCUUCUCCCAGGAUGACUUCCUGACUUCCAUCCUGCCAUCCCUCACGGAAAUUGACACUGUGGUCUUCAUUUUCACCCUGGAUGAUAAUCUCGCAGAAGUACAGGCGCUGGUGGAGCAGGUGAGAAAGAAGAGCCCUAACGUCCAGGCCCUGGUACACAGUACCGUAGGGCAGUCAUUGCAGGCCCCUCUAAAGAAGCUCUUUCCCUCCAUCAUCAGCAUCACGUGGCCACUUCUUUUCUUCGAAUAUGAAGGGAGCUACGUUCAGAAGUUCCAGCGUGAGCUAAGCACCAAGUGGGUGUUGAAUACGGUGAGCACCGGGGCCCACGUGCUGCUAGGGAAGAUCCUGCAGAACCACAUGCUGGACCUCCGCAUCGCCAACUCCAAGCUCUUCUGGAGGGCCCUGGCUAUGUUGCAGGGACAUUGAGGGGGUCCUGCAGGUAUCAUACGGGGAAGCGAACCAGUUGAAGAGAUAAGAAUGAAAACCUGGUGCAGAUCGACUUCAUCAGCCUGGAUCAGACUUGGGGAGUCUAAUGCUAGACGGUUCGUUGUCAGCACAUUCAAGACACAAAACAAUUCGGGGAAAGGUUUCCAGGUUCUCAAUAAAGCUUAAGGUGUGACUACAUAGAAACUCUUUUACAAAGUCCGUGUGACCAUAAGGGUGGGUUCUAUAGCUAAAAGCUUUAGAAUCUAAUGUGGCCUCUGGCCAACAGCAUAGAAGUCAUCGUACUUGUGACAUUUCCCCUAAGGGUGGGUAAUGGUCUAGGGAGGGAAGAGUCUGGGAUAAUCAUUCUGGGGAACUUGGGUGAGGUCUACCUCGGCAGAUAGCAAAGAGGUCACCAGGUCAUUAACAAAAUCCACUCUUAGUUUUCUGUUUAGUUGGAACCCCACUCAUCCCUGCACAAGCUGGGAGCCCUCCUCCCAACCCUGCCUGCACUGAGAAGCCUUCCAAUGAAGGAAAGGUGCAAAUUGCCCAGUAUUGGUUUUUAUCUCCUCCACUCGGAGAUCUACCUGCCUCUGCCUCCUAAGUGCUGGUAUGAAAGGUCCUACCCACCAUGACCGGCUGGUUGGGGAAGUUUUAUAGACUGUAGCGGAAGGGUGAUGACGUGUCAGCCGCAAGCUGGGUUCGUGCCCAAGUAUGGUUAAGAGCUGAGCACUUAGGCAGGAAUUUGGGUAGCUGGCAGCAUCAGGGGAGGAGCUUUCAACUGCCGCCAAGAAUGCGGAACUGGGCUCUUGGCACCUUUCCUUCGUUCGGAGGCUUUCCAGUGCAGACAGGGUUGGGAGAAGGAGGGCAGACGGGUUUCCCAGCUCGUGCAGGGGCGAACCAAACAGUAUUGUUCUAAGCCAGAACAAGUGACUGUUCAUGUAACUGAACAGUUCUAGCUCUCGUGGAUGCUCUUCUGAAGGGCCCUAGAACCUUCAGUCUCUGUUUUCUUCUGGGUUGUUCUCAUUCUCAGGUCUAUUUUCUGGAAUCUACGAUCAGUGCUGGUGUAACAUCCUGACAAUUAGCUCUGUGGGAAGGAGUCUUUCUGUGCCUGUGACUCCACCCAGUGCCUGGAGGAGGGCUCUUAUUGGCUCGUGGUGGGUCACGUGCACAGCCUUGACCCAAUCACUGUCCUCCAGGGGAAAGGACGCUCUGCCCAUCUGUUUGUGGACUUUGUAGAGGCUAGUGGGAUGGCAUGGGAUGGGACAAGAGAUGAGCUUGAUUAUAUCUUAUAGCUUCAGAAUGGAAACCAACAGUUAUCCAUGGGGGACAAGAGGGGGUAACGCCAGAGAGGGGGAGGAAUGGAUGCUGACUGGAGAGCCUUGAAGUUUGCUAUCCUUGAUCACUGAUCUAUAGAGUUGUUGGGACACCGUUGUAAAUCUCACCAAUUUCCCAUUCAUUGUGAGCCAGCGGUGAUCCACCACCAACUCCUUUAACCCAGAUUUUCCUUAUACCUCGUGAUGAUGGGGCCUCCAGAAGGGGUAAAGUCUUCAGCCAGUCUUUUGGAUCUCAGCACCCACUUUCCCGUCUCUUCCUUCUCCCAUGACACUCUUCUCAGUUCUCCUCGACACCUCUCCCAAUACUGACCUCACGGCUUCUUCCGCAGCGGUUCUCUGGCC